AUGUGUUGCUGUGGAUCUACAAAAAUGUCUACCUACGUCCGUACUUACAAACUCCGUACUUACAAACUCAAGUUGUGGACAUACAACUACACUAUAUCAGAUUCUGCUGAAAAUGUUACAACGUGUAUCAUCAUGUGGGACGAAUCCAAGUCUGGAUGUGACGCAAAUCAAAUGGCACCUGGCAUUCUCAAAUGGGCAGAGGCUUUAAGAGAAAGCGAACAAGAGAUUACCAUCUGGUCAGAUAACUGCCCAUCACAAGACCAUUACCUACAUGGUUGCAAUAUGUUGCUGAACAUUUGGAUAAUCACUACGCUAUGUAUUUAUGUACAAUCAGUGUCAAGCAUACAAAUGGAUGUUGUUAACCAAUGGAACUUUCUGGAUUUUGAUUUGCCUUAUCAUUUUGACUAUGCCGACAUAAGGCCUGAAAACACCCUUUUUACCGGGCUGGAAAUAACAGAUGAUAGAAUAUUUCUAGCAAUGCCAAGAUUGCGUGCAGGGGUGCCAGCAACUUUGGCCGCCAUUCCUAGAAACACCCACAAAGGUUCGAGUCCCGUCCUUAGGGCGUAUCCUGAUUGGUCUUUCCACGGAUCAUCUAGGGGGGAAGUAAAUUGCAGUGGAAUAAUUUCCGUAUACAGGAUGAGAUUAGAUUCUUGCAACAAAUUGUGGGUUUUAGAUUCUGGUGUGAUGACAUCUCUGGACGAUUUUACAAGAGUAUGCCAACCAAAGCUGAUUGUAAUCGACUUAUUUACCGAUCAAAUUGUUCGUACUAUAUACUUACCCAAUGGCGUAUUAAGACCAGCCUCGCUUAUGACAAAUUUGGUAAUAGAUGAGAGCAUUCAAGGUCGCUGCGAUUCGGCGUUCGUUUAUAUGUCAGAUACUGCUGCUCCAGGAAUUGUAGUAUAUGACGGUAUCAGAGAUCAAGCAUGGAGAUUUACCCAUCCAACGAUGUUCCCAGAUCCAAAUUUUUCUGACUACAAUAUUAAUGGAGAAGCUUUUACCCUCAUGGAUGGAGUUGUAGGCAUAAGUCACUCCCCUAAAUUAGGAGUAGUGUAUUAUCAACCACUUGCCACUGAUAGAAUAUUUAGUAUACCUACAGCAACCUUGUCAAAAGGACCUCCUGGUGAAUUUGAAAGACUUCCAAUACAAUUCGUUGGUAAAAAAUCUUCACAAGGAUUAGGACUUAGUCUUAACCUUUUGGAUGAAACGCUGUACUUCAGCCCUUUAACAGAAACAUCAGUGGCAUCUUGGAAUCCACUUACCAAUCAGCAAAAAUUAUUGGCAUAUGAUCCAGAAAAGCUGCAGUUCCCGUCAGAACUACGAUGGAAAAGUGACGGUUACUUAUGGUUGCUGAGUACCAAAUUCCAAAAAUUCUUUUUGAGAAAUGUGUCGCCGCAUGAAGUCAAUUUAAGGAUAAUUCGAAUACCUCUUAGGGGUAGAUCGAAGAGUGCAGUGACUAAUAAUCUUUUUAUUUAAAUUCUGUUUACGGUAAAUAUUAGGAAAAUGGAUAGAUGCAAGUUUCAACAAAUUAUUUUAAAACUGUGUGGAUACUGAAACUGUUAUACUUUAAGUUACCUAAUGUCUGUUUUGACCAGUUACCAAUAGUUUUAAUCUUUUUUUUUAAGUUUGGCUAUAAUUUUCAUCACUGUGGGUAUUUUCUUAAACAAAAUUACUUUCAAUUUCAAGCGGUAUGAAUUUCAUAUAAGUGCGUGCAUAUCAAAUCUACUUAAAUACAAAUCCAAUCGUGCCGUAAAAUAGCCUCAGCUUAUUUUCUAUAUCUUCGUGUAGAAUUAUUUUUUUUGCCUGUGGGACACAAUAAUAAGCAUACACUAGGGAUGUUUAUAUUUAAAAUGUUUAUAUAUUUAUAAGAAGUGAACCACAAAAUGUUUUUUCUAAAGUAGGCCUUGGAAAAAAUGACGUAUGUCGUGCAUACAAUUCUUCUUUUUAAGUGUCUGUUUGGAUUUAAUUAGGCAUUCCAAACAAAAUGGCUACCAUGGGGUUUGACAGGUUAUGAUAUGGCAAAUCUGUAGGCCUGGUGAUUUGAUAG